UGUGUUACAAAUCGUCUGCGAAACUUGGAACUGAUUGAUCCCGUAUUCCAGUGGCGUGGACCAGGUGGUAAUAUUCUUUCAGAAAAUAGCAGUGUGAAAAUAUCACCAACAGGAACUUUAAUGUUUAAACGUUUCAAAUCCAACCAGAGUGGAGUUUACACUUGUUCCCUCGUUUAUAAGCUAACUGCAGAGCAACCUGCUAAAAACCUCAUAAUGACAUAUCUUAUUUAUGCUUAUUCUGAUUCCAAUUAUUACUAUGAGUUUACAGCCCAGUAUCAUGCAGCCCCCUGCAACAGUAUUUACAACAUUUCUUUUGAGAAAGCAUUGCUUCAGGCAAGAUACCUCAUAGAGAAAUUUUUUGAGCAACAAGUGGAAAUUAUGAGGAAAAGUUCUGAACCACUGCCUGAAAUAUACUACAUUGAAGGUACUCUGCAAAUGGUAUGGGUUGAUCGCUGCUAUCCAGGAUAUGGAAUGAAUCCUCUAAGACAUCCAGACUGCCCGGAUUGUUGUGUUGUCUGCAGCCCAGGAUCAUACAAUCCCAGUAACAGAAUUCACUGUCUUCCGUGCAACAACAGUUUCAUGUAUGGAGCAACAAAGUGUUAACGGUUGUGAGUUUGCAAUCUUGUAGUAGCUCAGAUGUAUAUUAAUGCGAUAAUAUUAAUAAACAUUUUUUAAUUGUG